AUGGAGCCAGACCACGCACAGGAUGAGCGGAUCGAGGAGGGUGAGGAGGACGACUUCAUCGACCCGAACGAUGUCUACAUCGAGGUCGCCGAUGACGGCGACCACCCCAUGGACGAGGACGACGCUGAGGGGGAGGGGAUGAUGGUGAUGGAUGGCGAGGGCGGACCCCACCCGGACGACGAGAUCGUCUACGAGGACAACUCAAUACAGCACUUCCCAUACCACCGCAAGUCUGUCUUCGCCGUCUCCACACAUCCUGUUGCGCCCAUCGCGGCGUCGGGCGGGGAGGACGACCUCGGAUACAUCUGGGACUACACGACCGGGGACGAGAUCGUGAAGCUCACGGGGCACACGGAUAGCGUGACGAGUACGGCGUUCAGCUUCGAUGGCGAGAUGAUCUCGACCGGCGGGAUGGACGGCAAGGUUCGCAUAUGGCGGAGAGUGGGCAAGGAGAACUGGAAGUUGUGGGAGUUCCUCACAGAACUCCAGGGUCCGGACGAAGUCAUGUGGCUACGCUGGCAUCCGAAAGGAAACGUCCUCCUCGCCGGCUCGAACGACUCAACGGUGUGGCUCUGGCAACUCCCCUCCGGCAACACCAUGCAAGUCCUCGCGGGACACACCGCACCCGUACAAUGCGGAGAGUUCACACCCGACGGGAAACGCAUAGUGACCGCAGACGCAGAAGGCACGCUCAUCUUCUGGGACCCGCGCUCGCCCACGCCCAUCUUCAAGCUCACCGCGGCGGACGCGCGGUUCGACAUGGAAGGGAUCACUUCGCUCGCCGUGAACCCCGCGUCGACGCUCGCGGUCGUCGGUGGGACGACGGGCAGCGUGCGCGUCGUGAGCCUGAGCAAGGGCGAGGUCGUCGGCGCGCUCGGCGGGCACAACGAGGGCGAGAGCGUCGAGGCCGUCACGUUCGUCGAGCUCACGCCCGGCGCGGCCGCGCAGACCGCGGGCGGCAUCGUCGUGACGGGCGCGACGGACGGCAAGGCGUGCAUCUGGGAUCUGAGCACGAACCGCCUGCGCGCGACGCUCGAGCACGAGGAUGCGGUGACCAGCCUUUUGUCGCUGCCUGCGCCGAAGGGACAUCUGGUCGUGUCUAGCUCUGCUGACAAGAGUCUGCGGACGUGGGACGCGCGGGCCGGCACACUUGUCCGUGAGCAUAAGGGCCACCACGGUCCUAUUCUUGGUGCUGCCCUCGGACUCGAAGGCGGCGUCGUGGUCAGCGCGGGGGACGACGGUGUCUGUUUGGUAUUCGCGACGGAGUGA